UUCCGUGUAACAGUAUCUUUUAUUCCUGGAUAGUCCAAUUAAUGAAAAAAAAUGGACACAGAAAAUAAGAGCAGAGCAGAUCUUGCUCUCCCAAACCCACAAGAAUCCCCCAGCUCACCUGACAUUGAACUCUUGGAAGCAUCCCCUCCUGCAAAAGCUCUACCAGAGAAGCCAGCCUCACCCCCACCACAGCAGACAUGGCAGUCAUUUUUGAAGAAAGAGUUGGAGUUCCUGGGCGUAACACAAGUUCUGGUUGGUUUGAUAUGCCUUUGUUUUGGAACAAUUGUCUGCUCCACACUCCAUUUUCCAGACUUUGACGACGAAGUGCUUUUAUUAUAUAGAGCAGGCUACCCAUUCUGGGGUGCAGUGCUGUUUGUUUUGUCUGGAUUUUUGUCAAUUAUGUCUGAAAGGAAAAACACACUGUAUCUGGUGAGAGGCAGCCUGGGAGCAAACAUUGUCAGCAGCAUCGCUGCAGGCUUGGGGAUCGCCAUACUGAUUCUCAAUCUGAGCAACAACUCCGCUUAUAUGAACUACUGCAAGGAUAUAACCGAAGACAAUGGUUGCUUCGUGACUUCUUUCAUCACAGAACUGGUGUUGAUGUUGCUGUUUCUCACCAUCCUGGCCUUUUGUAGUGCCGUGCUGCUCAUUAUCUAUAGGAUUGGACAAGAGUUCGAGCGUAGUAAGGUCCCCGAUGACCGUCUCUAUGAAGAAUUACAUGUGUAUUCACCAAUUUACAGUGCGUUGGAAGACACGAGGGAAGCAUCCGCACCAGUGGUUUCAUAAGAAUCAAGGGGCCAGGACAAUCUGAUUCCAGUAUAGUCUUGAGAGUCGAUCUUUUUGCAACAUUAUGGCAACAUUUCUGUUUCCUCCGCAUUCCAUCAGCUUUUCAAUUGGAUUGUUCUGUAGACACCACUGUUUUAGUUAUGAUGCCUCUGGUCUUUAAUUAUCUCCCUUUUUGUGGAUAUCGUUCAUUCCAGUUUUCUUGUUUUGUGUCACAGUCUCACAUACAACCUUUCUGGAAAGUCAUCAAGAACAAGCUAGCUUUUAUUGUAUGUCUACUUUCAUGAACAAAAGGAAGGAGUUAUUUUGAGAGUUUAACUAAACUUAGAUAAUCAGGUAAUACUUGGCUCUUAGUUCAUUUUAUAAUUCUCAACAGCAAUAGUUGUGCAUGAUAUAUGCCCACCAUAUCAAGCCUUCUGUAUAUAUUUAAUAUAAUAUUUACUUUUCUAUGUAGGUAGAUUUUCCACCCUCAAUAAUAAUGGGUUUUUCAGAGACAUAAAGCUUUAUGAAAAGACACAUAUUAUCUAAUUCAUGAGUACAUUCACUUGCACAGUUGUUGCUCAGUGAUGUUUAUCACUUGGUGGGUAGUAGGUAACAGAGAACAUUAUUAAAUCAUUCAGUGUAGUGAGAUGGAUAGGUAAAAUCAGGGACACUGUGAGUGUAUACAUCCUUUGGUAAGACACAUGUGAAGAAUGAAGAAUAAACUGAUGAAGACUUGAGCUGGAAGGUAGUCAAUGGGAAUGACAAGAAAUGAUUGUGUAUAACACAUGUAGAUAAAUAACUACCAACAAUUGGUAGAGAUCGCCAUGUAUGCUUAAGAUCUCCCAGCACAAGGCCAGCCUCUGUUACAUAGUGAGUUAGAGGCCAGCCUGGGCUACACAAGAUCAUACAUCAAAGGACGAAAGAAGAUGUUGGUUCAAACUGUUAACACACUAAAGGAUAGUUAAACAAACAGGUUUGACUGAUAUAUUGAAUGCUUGAGGUUUUUUUUUUAUUA